AUGGGGUUCAAGGUUCCUGACUGGGCGACCCCGCCGCAGGCGCCCGUGCACCUGGAGCCGGUGCAGGGCGGCGCACCGAUCGACCUGGGCGCGCAGGAGUACUACGUGUUCGGCCGCGACGCGGAUUCGUGCCAGGUGGUGCUGGAGGGCGCGUCGCGCCAACACGCUGCGGCGGUGCACCACCAGGACGGCCGGCUGUUCCUGAUCGACCUGGGCUCCACGAACGGCACCUUCGUGGACCACGCCCAGCUCGCCAAGCACAAGCCGCUCCAGCUGCGCGACGGCAUGAUCGUGCGCUUCGCCAAGCCAGAGCACACGUUCGUGGUACGCGGCUCCGGCGCGCACGCGGCUCGCCCAGAGGACGCGGAGCGCCGAGCCCGCAACGAGGAGCGCGCCGCGAGGGCCGGCACGGAGCCGGAAACCGUCCAAUGCCUUCACCUGUUGCUGAAGCACUCUGGGUCGAGGCGUCCAGCGAACUGGAAGGGCGAGACGAUCACGCGCAGCCUCGAGGAGGCGCGCGCGGGGGUGUUGGCGUUCCGGGAGCGCAUCGUGCAGGGGGAGUCGUUCGAGGAGCUCGCGCAGCAGCACUCGGACUGCUCGUCCGCCAAGCGCGGGGGCGACCUGGGGCCCUUCUCGCGCGGGCAGAUGCAGCGGCCCUUCGAGGACGCGUCGUUCCGGCUGGCCGUGGGGGAGAUCAGCGGGCUGGUCGAGAGCGACUCCGGCGUGCACAUCAUCAAGCGGAUCGCGUGA